GGCUAUGAAGAGCUGGAGAAGCAACUGAAGGAAGUCUUCAAGGAAAGAAGCAAUAUCCUCCGACAGCUGUCAAAGACUUCCAGGGAACUUGAUGGAAUUAAAGUAAACCUUCAGUCUUUGAAAAACGAUGACGCACCAGCCAAGAGUGAUGUUCAGAAACUUCUGGAAUUAGGCAAAAAACAAAGGGAAGAAAUGAAGUCUCUCCAGGAGGCCUUUCAAAAGCAACUUAAUGAGGCAGCUGAGAAAGCAGAAAAGCAGCAGGCUACAAUUAAUUUUUUAAAGACUGAGAUGGAAAGAAAGAGCAAAAUGAUCCGAGAUCUCCAAAAUGAGAAUAAAAGCUUGAAAAAUAAGCUGCUGUCAGGAAACAAGUUAUGUGGAAUCCAUGCUGAAGAGUCCAAAAAGAUCCAAGCCCAAUUGAAGGAGCUGCGUUAUGGGAAAAAGGACUUGAUUUUCAAGGCACAGCAGCUAACAGAUUUGGAGCAAAAACUAGCAGUUGCUAAAGAUGAGUUGGAGAAAGCAGCUCUUGACAAGGAGUCCCAGUUGAAAGCUCUGAAGGAGACUGUCCAGCUCUGCCUGACGUCUGUUCUGCGCAAUCAACCUCCCGCUAUGAGUCUAAUGCCAUCCAAACUAACUGAGAGGAGGCUGCCAUCACCCAGUACAAAUGACUCAAAAGUUCCAGCUGCUGUGACAAGCAAAAAGGCUCAACCAACUGUCCUGGGAGACAAAAGAACCCUUCAAGUUGAGUCACCAAAAGAAGAAAAGCCAAGUAUUAAGUGUGAUUCUCCAGAUGGUGGCAAGAUCUGUGCAGUGAAUAACAACUCUACCAAUGUGAACAAGACGACAGAAUUGGAUCCUGUCUUGCAGAAGCUGUACACACCUCCUCAGACUAAGCUGGAGAUCCCAAAAUCAGAAGAGAAAAACCGGAAGACUUCCAAAGGCAUCGCAAAUACAGAAGAAAAGACACUGUAGGCUUCAGGAAGCCGUGUUGCAAAUGUCCGUUUGCUAAUGUCUUCACGUUAUUUUUAGUCCAAAGGCAUGACAAAAGUACUAAGUUUCUAGAGCAUGCAUCUUUUCCACUAUUUUAUGUAUGUUUGUAAAGUAGCCGAAAGAAUUUCCAAAGUCCAACACGCCAUUUACUAUCCUUUAGCAAUAAUCUAUUUGAAAUCGAUAUUCACAGAAAUGCUUUUGUAAUAGAGUCCAGUUUUUUAAGACAUUAUGCUGUCUGGAUCAGUAACUUGCUUAUUAUAAAAUAGUCGGUUUUGUACACUAAUGCCAUUUCAAA